CAUUUACAUAGAGUGUUUUCCUUUCUAAUGGCGGGGGUGCUUUUUAUCGUCAACGUACCUUCUAAAGAAUACGAAGAAGACUUGAGGGUCAGAGAGAAAAAAUACGAGCACACCUCAAAAAUAAUUCGUGAGCUAAAGAAAAACAAAAAAUUCGGGAAUUUAGCGUUCGAAUCUUAUACGUACGGGGAGAAUGGGUUAAAAAGUGGCAAGUCGAUGGAGUGUUUGAAUCGUAGUGAGAACGGGUUAAUGAAGUCUAAAAGUGAUAAUAUGUUGAAUGAGAGCUACAAGUGGGAUGUGGGGAGCCAGUUCGAUAGGAAGUCUUGGAGAGUGAAGCAGGCUGUAAGGAUGAGGAAGAGGAAACUGCGGAUUUCACGGCCUCUUGCCAUCACGGAUGUACUGGCUGCUUUCCAUUGGGACACUCCUCUUGAGAUGAUUCUGUCCGAGGUUAUCACGCAGCUUGGCAUUGAUAACGCCACAUGGACAUCAACUCGAGGAGAUAAGUACUGGCAGGUGCUAUUUUCUUUGGACUCCAGCGACUUAUGCGAAGAGCUCCUCCAGGUUCUGGCGAAAUUCGGCAUCGGCUCCCGUUUCCAGUCCUCCGUGAGCUUGGUGCCUUGUGCGCUGCAUUUAAAAGCCGAUACUGAUCUGCUGAGAGGUGGCUAUGAAGAGUUUAAAAGUGCCGACGCCUCCGCCUGGUCCCGUUUCUCCUCAUCAGUCCGCGCUCGCACGAACCUGGCCCAAGUCCUCCACGAAGUCCGAGCAGAAGCCACGUUGACCUUCGAUUGGCUGUUCCUGCUGCUAGUGGCUGCCUUCGUGGCAGCCAUUGGUCUAGCCGAGAACUCCACUGUCAUAAUAGUGGCCAGUAUGCUUAUUUCGCCACUCAUGGGUCCGGUCACAGCAGCUACGCUUGGAACAGCCGUCCGCGACCGCUCACUGCAGCAGAUGGGCGUGCUACAUGAACUGCUCGGGCUCUUCCUUGCGCUGGUUGUGGGGUUCAUCUUCGGCCUUACGCUCUCCGCUGUGCACGAAAGCUACGGUGUUGGCGACUGGCUUACGCAAGAGAUCAUGUCCAGAUGUGAGAUCCGUUCACUGUGGGUAGGCGUGUUGGUUGCCAUACCGAGUGGAGCUGGAGUGGCACUAGCCGUACUUGGGGAAUACACCGCUUCAUUGGUCGGCGUGGCUAUCUCUCUGUCUCUCCUGCCACCUGCAGUCAACGCUGGACUCUUGUGGGCGAUGGCUUUAGUUCACCUGAUAUUCGCCGACGACCAGAAUUUCACCGGAAUAGUGAAGUCAUCUUACUACAGUAACGACGCUCCUACUGAACUGGCUAUUCUUGGGCUAGUGUCGUUGUGUCUCACACUCAUUAACAUUGCCUGCCUGUUUCUGUCAGGUGUCGCUGUUUAUAAGAUUAAAGAAGUAUGCCCCCUGGAUGGACGAGACAUUUUAUGGUGGAGAGCUAAUCGCCAAUCACAGAGGUCUUCGAAGCGGAAUAUUUUGAAGAAGACUAACAAUAUUUCGUGGGAGAAAUACAGCAAUUGGUCGACCGAGUCUUCUAAAAGGGAUCAGCAAGAACAAGAACGGCAUGAGACGAUAAUCUCACCGGUUCAGAGCGACACGGUCACCUACAGGCGGGAGACGGCAGCCAUACGGCGUAUGAGGGCUCAAAAUAUAGAGGAUUAUUGCAUGCAGAAGGAACAAUUUAAUUCAAUGCCUCAAAACUAUGACCUGCAUAUUGAAGACGGAAGACAUAUUUACAACAGCAUAGAUAGUAUCACGCCACAAACGGACAUUGCAGAUAUACGCGUUUCUAAUGACAUACAGAUUGAAAACUUUUACAAUAAAGACUGUAUUACGGAUCUAGAUAAUGUUAAUAGCUUUAGUAAUGCUGGUUAUGAAGAUCAAGAAAAUGUCAAAAAGGAAAAUUUGGAACGUGAACAAGGGGAACUAUCUUCAAUGCCUAUUAUAGAGCCUUCUUCGAAUCAUACGGUGGACGCGAAAAGGCUAGUGGUUUUAGCUAGUAAGUCUUAUAAUGUUUGAUUAAGUAUGUUUAUGCAGUAAUGCAUGGAUAGUGUUAGAAUUAAAUCAUAAAUAUAAUAAGUAUUCGCUA